UAUGGAUUUUUUUACUGGCUUGGCUUCCUCAGUGAUUUGACCCACGCACCACUACUGAAGGGAAAUAACAAAAACCAGCAACUCUGCCCUCCAUGGAAAGAGUUUGACGCCCCUGAUCUAACAUCUGAACUUAACUCAAAUAUAUCAAUAAGACCAACACAUACAGUAUAAUAGAAAAUACAUGGAGAGCUGGGGUCGAAGUACAGUGAGAGAAAGAUAUAUAGUUGGAUGGAAAGAGGGACAGAGACGGGACAGUUGUCACUUAAGCGUGUCCUGAUGAAUACUAAUUGCUGUGAACUAAAGAGCCAGAAUGAGUUCCAUUGAUGGCUGAGCACAAUGGAGAAGGGACAGGGGAAGCAGAGGAAUUCUAUUAUUUCAUUUUUCCCUUCUCCUCGUGUUUGUAUGCCAGCCCACCGCCUGUUGUCUUUGGGGGGAAAGGAGACCAUGGCUCUCACAAUGCAGCCCUUGUGUCUGGGGCCACAGGGCCAGAGUAAGCCAGGGCUCACACAGCUUCCUCCCUCCCUGCAAGAUGGCAAGGGCCUCAGCGUACAGGCAGGCUUGCCAUCAAUAAGGUUUUGAGAUGAUAAAUUGAGCUCACUGGUGUAGCGGAAACCCCCGUAGCCCCUGCAAGGUGGGGGUCCCGCGAGCUCUGGGUGCCAAUGCGACCAUCAUCUCACACCUACAGUAUGUCUAAAUUGUAUUAUAUAUUUUUUAUAAUUUUGACAGUAACCCUCCUUUUUAAUGUCCACAUGUAGCAAGCAAAGUGUUUGUGUUGUGCAAUCUACAUUGGGGCUGUUUCAUGGAAAAUUUAUUUUACAAUCUGCAAUGUUUAAAUUUCCAACUUUAAUUGCUGUACAAGUACAUACAAUAUUGCCGCCAGCCAUCAUUCUAGAUAGCAGCAUUGUGACACCGUAGGCCUAUAGCUUCGUGAAACAUAAAGGUUAGACUUAACAUGAGAAAAUGACGACCAAAUAAAAGUAAAUAUGAAUCCAUUAAAGCAAAGCUAUAGUCUACGACAAGCACUAGCACCACAUAAUCUGAUAGGCAGCCGUGUAAACGUCGCAAUUUAAGAACCAUGGACAGUGAUUAGUAAGUAGUUCUAAACUUCGUGAGCGGCUGACGCAUAAGAUUUUUCUGCGGUCCAGAGAAACUGCGUUAUGCCAGUGGUUGAGCCAGCAGUAGGCUACAACCUUGCUACUGAAAGUUACAGCAUUGACCAGCAACAUGGUUACCUCCAUGGGGAUAUACUGCUGUUUUACCCAUACACAAUACCAGACUCAAAACUAAAUAUGUAUAAAUAUCCCUUUCUCGAACUCUCUCUAUUACAUAAAUACAGUAAACAAACGCGUUCUAGGUUCAAACUCUUUGAAAAUGGGCAACUCUUCCUCACUUCCUCUCACUUGUUCCUUAUUGAUAAGUAGAGGAUGGAGGCAGAGAGAGACACAAUGGCAGCCUGUCACAUCACAUCCUCAUUAACAUCUGGAGCAGAACAGAGAACAACCCAGUUUACACUGUCCACCACAGCCUGAGACAUAUGAGCACUGGUCUGAGAGAGAGAGAGUCAAGGGAAGGAGAGAGAGAGAGAGAGAGAGAGAGACCUUGGGGGUCAAAGGGAGGAGAGAUCACAGUGGCAGAAAUGGGCUCAGAGAAAAAUAAAGAUAUUUUUGCUUCCGAACUAUCCCACUAACGGAAAACGGUCAUGUUUGGCUGAACAACCCUCAAAGGUGAUCAGUCACCGCUGUUUUGAAGAGGAAAAUAAAUCCUCAUCUCAUCAACUGCUGCAGGGACAGGGAGGGUGACUUGCUUCAUUAUGAACMGUGCUGCUAUUUUGAUACUAACCGCAAGUUGUUUCAGUUGGACGUCUGCUAUUUAUCUCCCAAACAGACAAGAAACAAAGAAACUGAAGUAUCUGCUUGAGCCUCCUGUUUAUGCCGAAGUAACCAGCCCUCGGGGAGGAAAUGCCACUUUGCCAUGUGUACUGCGAUUCAAACCAAGCCAUUACAAGGUGAAAUGGACAAAACUGGAACCACUUCGUCGUGGAAGCGAGAACAUUGUCAUGAUCACAAACGGUUCAGCCCACAAACCCUAUGGCCUGCUUGGGCCACGGGCCUCGCUUCGUAAGGCUCAUGCCAUGGAUGCCUCACUACAACUCAGCAACUUGGAACUAGAAGAUGAUGGUAGAUAUCGCUGUGAGCUGAUCAACGGUAUUGAGGAUGAGAGCGUCAUCAUUACAUUGAGGAUAGAAGGGAUGAUAUUUCCAUAUCAGAGCAAAAAUGGCCGUUACAAAUUCACCUACAAGGAAGCUAAGGAGGCCUGUGCUGAACAGGAUGGCACAUUGGCCACAUUCAAGCAGCUAUACAGAGCCUGGACAGAGGGUCUGGAUUGGUGCAACGCGGGAUGGCUCAUCGAUGGGACAGUCCACUACCCCAUCCUGCACCCACGAGCAGAAUGUGGGGGGGAGCUGCUACCUGGCAUUCGCAGCUAUGGCCCCCGGGACAGGAUCCGGGACCACUUUGAUGCCUUCUGUUUCACCUCUAGAACCACAGGCUUUGUGUUCUUCGUUGGAGAGCCACUCACAUUUGGGGAGGCAAUGCAGGCAUGUAAGGGUGAGGGAGCAGAGUUAGCUCUGGUUGGACAGCUCUAUUCGGCCUGGCGUUUCCUGAGCUAUGACCGCUGUGAUGGAGGUUGGUUGAAGGACGGCAGUGUGCGUUUCCCUAUCACCACCCCUAGAGCGCGCUGUGGCGGUAUUCCCGAGGCUGGGGUGCGCACCGUUGGGUACCCCAACAAGACCCUGCGUCUCUAUGGUGCCUACUGCUACAGGUAGCUUUCAUGAGACCCAUUGCGUGUGGAGCCUACUUCCACUGACUUCGUAGAUCCAAGACGCAGAACCAUUGUGAAGAUUACCAGUGACCCCUACAGGUUUCAGUACGCAGGGCUUGCAGAUACAGGUAGUCAAAAGGCUAGGAACUGGUUCCACAACAAUGGCAAAAAGAUACAAGUAGAACUGCGCUUUUCUGCAAUACUACAAUAUGUUAUUACAGGAAACCUCAAAUACUUAAUGCCUUUUUCCAUGGGACACAUCAACAAAAGCCUGCCACUUUUAUGAGCUUUACUGCUACAGGUAACAACUGCUGUACAUGUUUUCCUGCAUUUGUGUAACAUUCGUUUUGUGAACUUUGUUAUCCAAGAAGCAUUAUUCUAGUGUAACAGGAUAGUUAUUACACAAUGACAAUUUCAUAAAAUGCUGCUGUUAGCUUCUUAGCUGAUGUAAGAGUGUGUAAAUAGCAGAAUGGGAGAAAGUAUACGCACUGAGCAUAACUGUAAUACAAUAAAAUAUCUUGACAGUGUAUUUGAUAUGUGGCAUGAAAAUAUAAUUCAAAUGCAACCAUAUUCACAUGGAUAAAUACAUUGUAAUCAAUUCAUUUUAUUAGAUAUGUAUUUUCUACUCUCCAAAAACGAUAUUUURCUUAUUUUCAUUUAAUCCAUCUCCUUUUUAAUUAGUUUAACAAUUACAUUUUUUCUUUCAUAACAAGUUCAAUAUGCAAUUGUGCAGUCACAAAUGGGAUUUACAAUUAGCAUUAUUUGAUUACUGUUAAACACUACCAACGUACAGUAUUACUUCCACUGGAACUAAGACAAUGACAUCAUUGAUGCAUGAAAACGGAAAUACCAUUGUGGACAUUUUCACAUGUUCUUCCUAGUAUCUUAGUGAUUACGUUUUUACGAGAGUAUAAAAAAAAAAACUUUGGAUUCUGGCUAUUUUCAAACCAAGUACAUUAAAAGUGGAUAUUGGCUUCUAA